AGAUCGGGUUACACAAACAAAGAGGCGGGGGAUUGCUGCAUUUCCUUUUGAACCCAAGUCGACCCCGCUCGCCUCCCAGCGCUGAGGGACAGUGGAGCAGCGAGCUGCAGAUAGGAUCAGAUGAGAUAACGGAACCGCUGGACGCCGUCUAUCAACGACAUAUACUCCAUUACACUGCGCUGAGGAUAUUUAUGAGGGAAAGAUGUCUCGUCUGUACAAGGAAGACCAUGACGACUGGUUGACCGUCUGUCUGAAAUAUCUUCUCUUUGUCUUUAACUUACUUUUCUGGCUUGGUGGAGCUGCAGUGAUGGCUGUUGGGAUCUGGACGCUGGUGGAUAAGAGUGACUACCUGAGCCUGCUGGAGUCCAGUGCCUUCGCCGUCUCUGCCUACAUCCUCAUCCUCGCUGGAGUCCUGGUCAUGGUCACGGGAUUCCUGGGCUGCUGCGCUGUGAUCCGAGAACAAAGGAGCUGUCUGUCCAUGUACUUCUCCUGCCUGCUGCUUAUCUUCCUGAUUGAGCUUGUGGCCGGAGUCCUGGCAUAUGUAUACUACCAACAGCUGAGUGAGGAGCUGAAACAGCAUCUGAACCAGACGAUGACAAGCAGCUAUGCGCAGCAAGGCAAGGACUCCAUCACGCAAGCUGUGGACAGGCUGCAGCAGGACUUUAAGUGCUGUGGCAGCAACUCCUCCUCUGAUUGGCUGCAUAGCGUGUAUGUGACCUCGCCUGAGGGUGGGGACAGGGUGGUGCCGGACAGCUGCUGCAAGACGCCCACCCCUGAGUGUGGCCAGAGAGACCACCCCUCCAACAUCUACAAGGUGGAGGGCGGCUGCAUCACCAAGCUGGAGCAGUAUCUGGCCGAUCACCUGCUCAUCAUCGGGGCGGUGGGGAUCGGUGUGGCCUGUCUGCAGCUGACUGGUGCUGUCCUGACUUCCUGUUUUAUCUAUGUGCUCUAUAAAGAAGAGGAGGAGUUCUUCUCUGACGUGUGAUUGAUCUGCGGAAUGAUAUUUACCUGCUGCUUGCACAGAAGAAUUAAGCUGGAUCCCUAUUGAAGACUGGAGUACUCCCUAAUGAUGCCUCCCUAACCACUCUGUGCCCCCUACCCCCUAAGUCUGUCCACAUCAUCUCUCUGCCCCCUAACUCCACCCCCCUUCUCCUCUCUGCCGGCUAAUCCUGACCCCCUACCCCCAUCAUCUCUCUGCCUCCACCCCUGCCUCCCUAUCCCCUAACCCUAGCCUCAUCCACUCACUGCCCCCUAACCCUGCCCCUACACCCUAACCCUACUCCCUAUCCACUCUGUGCUCCCUAACCUGCCCCCCUACCCCCUAACCCCACCCCCUUCCCCUAUCUGCCCCCUAACCCUGCCUCCCUACCCCCUAACCCUACCCUCAUCCACUCUCUGCACCCUAACCGUGCCCUUACCCCCUAACCCUACUCCCUAUCCACUCUGUGCUCCCUAACCUGCCCCCUACCCCCUACCCCUAACCCCACCCCCUUCCCCUCUCUGCCUCUUAACCCUGCCUCCCUACCCCCUAAGACUGCCCCUCUGCCCCCUCUGUGGAUGGGCUCAUGGGAACUCAUGGUUCCUCAGGAUGCUGCAUUCAGCUGCUCUCAUGCCCCGCUGUAAUACUUUAUGAUGAAAUAUGAAAUAUGUCACAUCCAGGCGGUCCCCCUCCAGUCCUGCAUUAGGCCUGCCUCCUUUGGGAAUCCUGUGCAUUCUGGGUCACUGACAACACAAUGUGAGCAGAGCUACUGACAACAAUGUACCAGGGACACAGACUGCACUGCUCUGGAGAGUUCCUGUUUCCUGUGUGUGUGUGUGUGUGUGUGUGUGUGUGUGUUAUGAGAGCAUAUAGAGCCGUUACACCUGUGUGAUCUGUAGCAGUGUGACACAAACACAGAGAGGAGUAGAGGAGCAGUGUUUAUUUGAUGGGCGGGGCAUUAUUACUGUGUGUCUCUCAUUGGCUUGUGACUUCAACACUUACGUUUAAUUUGCAUUUCUUUUUAAACUGAGAGUGUAAAUCUUAAAAUUCCCUUCAAAAAGCCAUAGACAUAGUUUUUUUUAUUUUCCAUCAUAAAAAAGAUUUUGGGUACAUUGAGGAAAAUAAAUUCUGGACCAAGCUAAUAGCCUUACUGCAGCAAACACCCCAAUGUGUUGCCUGUCAUGUCACGAUUAAUGAUGUUGGCUGCAAAGUACAAA